UGUUCCCUGUCGCAAACUUGGACGUCAAAGCUGCGCUGCUCUUUUUGCCUUUGAGGGGGAAAGCAAGAUGGCGGAACUAGGGAAAAAGUAUUGCGUGUACUGCUUGGCUGAGGUUAGCUCGCUCCGUUUUCGCUGCACCGAAUGUACCGACAUCGAACUUUGUCCCGAAUGCUUCUCAGCGGGCGCCGAGAUUGGCCCGCAUAGACGCUGGCACGGCUACCAGCUGGUAGAUGGUGGGCGCUUCACGCUCUGGGGUGCCGAGGCCGAGGGUGGCUGGAGCAGCCGCGAGGAGCAGCUCUUACUGGAUGCUAUCGAGCAGUUCGGCUUCGGCAACUGGGAAGAUAUGGCUACUCAUGUUGGAGCAUCACGAACUCCUCAAGAAGUUAUGGAACACUACGUAAGCAUGUAUAUACAUGGCAAUCUUGGAAAAGCCUGCAUUCCUGACAUUAUUCCAAACAGAGUGACUGAUCAUACUUGCCCAAGUGGUGGUCCACUUUCUCCUAGCCUUACCAUGCCUCUGCCACCUUUAGAUAUAUCAGUGGCUGAACAACAACAGCUUGGAUAUAUGCCACUUCGAGAUGAUUAUGAGAUUGAGUAUGAUCAAGAUGCUGAGACUCUAAUUAGUGGCCUUUCAGUUAAUUAUGAUGAUGAUGAUGUGGAAAUAGAAUUAAAAAGAGCUCAUGUGGAUAUGUAUGUAAGAAAACUGAAGGAGAGGCAGCGACGAAAGAACAUUGCCCGUGACUACAACUUGGUUCCUGCUUUUUUAGGGAAGGAUAGGCGAGAUAAAGAAAAACCUUCAAAACGCAAAACUACAAAAGAAGAAAAGGAACUGAGGUUAAAACUCAGGUCUCUUUACCAGUUUAUGUCUUGCAAAGAAUUUGAUGAUUUCUUUGAAAACCUGCACAAGGAAAAGGUACUUCGAACAAAAAUAAGAGAACUCCAACGGUAUCGCCGAAAUGGCAUAACAAAAAUGGAAGAGUCUGCAGAAUAUGAAGCAGCUAGACACAAACGAGAGAAAAGGAAAGAAAAUAAAAACAUUGGUACUUCUAAAAGAGGAAAGGAGGAUGGUAAAGAUGGAGAAUUCUCUGCAAUUGAAAACCUUCCUGGCUUUGAACUAUUGUCUGACCGAGAGAAAGUACUUUGUAAUUCUAUUAAUCUGAGUCCAGCACGUUAUGUGACUGUUAAAACUAUAAUUAUUAAAGAUCAUCUCCAAAAAAGGCAGGGCAUCCCCUCAAAAAGUCGCCUUCCUAGUUACUUGGAUAAGAUACUAAAGAAAAGGAUUUUGAAUUUUUUGACAGAAAGUGGUUGGAUAUCCAGGGAUGCUUCUUAAAUCUUGACUACUUUGAAAUAGCAUCAGUAUGAACAGAGGAACCAUCAUUGGCCAUUGAUCUAGUUACCAGCCUUUUUAAACAUCUAAGAUCUUGUAAAAAGCUCACUCCUGAACAACUGGAAUUUUCACUUAAAGGAUCAUGUAAAUGUUAGGUCUUAUUUUGUGAACCACUUUACAUGUCACCUUAAAAGAACACACUGUGGGUGAAGUGGCUCGUUUUACCUGACCAGUGUAUCAGAAGUGAGAUGUGAAACUCUGACAAUACUUACUGAACUCUACCUCUGCUGCACAAGCUUGUAUUUUAGACAUGAUGCUGGCUAAAGUCGCUAUCCUCCACACAUUUACUUGGAAGUAUGCCCACUACAUUCAGUGGUAUUUACUGUCAAGUAAGACCAUAUCAGAUCGGGCUACUUAUGUAUCUUACUAAAUCCUGGGUAACGAACUUGAACACAAAUCACGAUUUCAUAUUGCAUAUGUAUACUAUGAGUUUGUUACAUUUUUUCACAAGCCAAUGCAUUCUGUUAUAUUGCCACAAGAGCACAGAGAAUGCAACACUGAGUAAUAUAAAAUGGUUUAGCACAACACAUCAUAUAAAGUAGCUCCACUAUCUAGCUUGCAUAGAAUUGGAAACUUUCAGCAAAUAACAGGCAUUCCAGUUGUAAACAUAGUGGUUGGUUAGCUAACUGCUUUGGUUUAUGUACUAAUGUUCCACUUCUGUACAAUUUGAAAAAUGAAAGAAGGAAUCUGCAUGUGGUUUCAUUUAAAUAUAAGCAUCAUCUGAGAAAAUGGGAAUUAUAGAGUUUAUGAGAAUAUAAUUGGACUAUACUGAUAUAAGAUGCUUAACUGUGCACUGCUUGUCACUAACCAACCCAAACUGUUCUUCAGGUUUGUAUUUGUUGUAUGUAGAGUUUAAAUACUCUUUCCCAGUCUCGGGCAAGAAUCCCAAAAUGGGAAACAUACAUACAGUCAGACUGCACAUGGAUAUAACAGGUGAGCACACAGUACGAUUAAUGUAUGAUGCUGUGUGUACCUCAGAUGUUUUAACAUAGCAGUUGACACAAAGGAUGGACUGUUGUCCUGAAAGGACUCUGUUUGCUUACCUGUUACUUUUACCACCACUGUAGCCACACAUUUUUUACUUAGUGGCCUUUAUAAUAGUUGUGCUUCCCACAUUGCCCUGCAAGCUGCUUCUUAAAAGGGAAAGAGGGACACUUUUCUUGGGUAUGAACAUCCCAGUUAUAUAUAGGCAAGAUUCUGGUAAAACAUCCAUUACUAAAACUGUACUUCUGGUCCACUCACUUUUCUGGAGAAUGAGUCUUGAUAGCUUUUUGUUGAGCUUAUUCAUAAACAGUCUUUCAGGCCCUUGAAUGCAUAGUUUAAUUUACUACAUGUGCAGCAGAAGAAUAAGUGUUUCAUUUGUCAGUGCAACUUAGUUACUAGUAAAUGUGCUUUGAAUUACAACCUUAAAAGUUUCUUGUGUUCUCAAACUUAGCAAUUGGAAUCACUAUGCAGUUGCAUGCAAACGUUCAGAACAAAUUGUAUGCUUCUGUGAAUGUUUAAAUGAACAGAAGUGAACAAAACCACUACAUGGUACAAAGUUAAACACAGCAUCUUUCUGCAAAUCUAAUUGCGUACCUUGCAUAUGCAGUUUAGAUUAAAUUUAAAAAAAAAAACAAUAUUCCAGAUACACAACUUUGGAUAUCCUCUCAGUCAGAAUUUCUAGCACCUUUGCUAGAAAUAACAGCUUCUGGAAUUUUUUUUCUCACUCUUCCUUGCCCAAGUCUUUAAGCUCAUAUAUAUUCUUAGGCCCUUGGGUGGGGGGGCUAACAUGCAGGCACAGCAUGUUUAUCUCCCCAAGUCUGGGGACUGUGAAGGCCAUUCCAAAACCAUUUUCUUUCUUUCCUGCAAGGACUUCAUAGUUGAUUUGGGUGCGUGUUUUGGACAGUCUUGCUGAAAUAUCUUACAUCUGAAAGAGUGUCCCAACAUUAUGCAUAGUAAGUAUGCAUUCAGACUUCAACUUCUGUUCACUUAUAUUUCAUUGUAAUAUACAAUUUGAUUAGGCAUACAUAAACCUUUGCAUGCAACUGUACAUGCUGCAUGACAGUAAUUUCUACUUAGGUGAUGGAACAGUUUUCCUGCUAAUACAUGCUGAUUUAUUACCCAGUAUAGGACAAGGAUAAUAUUAAGAUAGACUUGCAAUCAAUAGUAAUAGAUCUGAGUAUAUCAUUCUGCAAACCUUAUGCAUCUGCCACAAGUAUUGUGGCAUACAUGGGGGCUGGCAACAUAAUGCAUGUAAUUUAAUCUAAAAAAAAUACAAAAAUCUCCCUAGAGAAGAUAUCAUGGAACAAUAUAGCUAAACAUUUUUUAAAAUUAAAGUUCAUAUGUUGUCAUUUUCUGAUGCCAGCACUGUGUGAUGGUGCCCAAUGGCCAGGGAAAAAUUGCAAACACCAGUGUGUACAAAAGUCACCAAAGACCACAGUUCCUGAAGCAGUACCCUUCUUCAGCCUGAUGAUGAAACCUCAUAUUUUAUGUGACUUUAAUCACAAGUGAUCUCUCAUCACACUAAUUUAUAUUGAUAAUAUAUCAACUGCAGUCACAAACGUUACCCCUUCACCCCAAAAGGGCACAAUCAAGACAAAAUAUUAAUUGAAUAACCAUUAUCAAAAUUAAUUGCCUAUUAAAGCACUACAGUUAAAAAUUAUUGAUCCCACUCUGUCUAUACCAGCUACUUCUUACACACAGACCACUCAUACAAAGAAAUGCGCAUGACACCCCUAUUUCCUACCCUCCAGGAAAAAUAACAAAAAGAGAUGGGGCAUAGUAACUUCAUUGAGAAUAGUAACCAUAUUGGAAAGAAAACUGGGGAACAAGACUGAAGCAAGAUGAGGUGAAAGAGAGAGAGAACUGGACAAAGGAAAGAAGAGAGACAAGCUGCUGUGCUGUUACAGGAAGGAGUGAACUCCAGUAGGAAAGCAGACCUUCCCAAGCAAGAACUGAUCUUCAAGGGCAUUCACGUUUAGCUGCAUGCGACAGUCGUAUCUCUUUUUUUGUUUGUUUCCAAUAGUGUCUUCUAUUCUUAGUGAUGUAAGACAACCCUCAAUUCAAAGGUAAACAGAAAACAACAGUAUUUAUAGUAAUUGCAUAUUACUUUAGUGUCAUACUAUUCUAAGACACCUUCAUAUGAAUUAAAACAGUUAUUAGAUGCUAAGUGGCAUCAACAAGGAAUGGUUUCCAAAGACCUCACUGCACACAUAGGAUGAUGCCAUUACUGGCUGUGCAUGUAUGUCUUGCCACUUUUUUUGUCCGAUCACAGCUCUAUCUCGGCUUAAGGAUGGGGCAUGGUUGCAUAGAAGUAUAAACAA